AUGAAUUCCCGAAACGACGUCUCUGUUCGUCUUCUCCAUAGUCUCCAAGAUUUCUGGAGCAUCCUACUCCCUCCGACCGUUCAUCCAGGGAAGCCUAUGUGCAAGACAGGUUACUUGUUAGCGAAGAAGGCGGCCAGGGAGGAGAGUGGCAUGACAGGUACUGGGGACAUCGACGACGACAGGUAUCUUGCCAUACGUGGGUACGGAGUAGGAAGAGCGACCAAAGUUGAAGAAAACCAAGACGUUGAACGGGCUGUUGUCAUCGCCGGCGACCUAUUGAAGCCUUACGAUUACCAUUACGACGUACUUGAGCUGGUGUCGUUCUUCACGCCUACGCUCGCAUGUCUUCUCGAAGUCCGCCUUCCCAAGGAGUAUGAGGAUGGUCCAUCCGAGGAAACCGAGACGCCGUCAGCAGAAGAGGUCAUCUUCUGGGCUCGUGUCGAGAGAAUCCUCCACAUGUACUUGACAGAGCAGCUGGUUGGCCCCAAGUCUUCUUAUGAGGAUCGAAUGGCGUUCUACAAGUCGAAGCUCAAGAGCGGUGCCCGGAUGAUGGUAUUUGCUGGAGGGAUUCUAAGCUCGUAUAGACGGAGGUCGAUGGAAGAGGACACCUCAUUCAUCCCACACUAUCGACAUAAGAAGUUCAUCGAUCACUGGAUCCAAGAUAGGCAGUGGCGCUUGGCGAAGCGCCGUGAAGAAGUCCGUCUGCGCCUAAACUGGCACUCCUAUGCUGCCUCCAUAGGAGGUAGUCAGGUCCCCUCGUGUGGCAACCGUUCCUGUGCCUGUGUUGAGAAUAUCGGUAAAACUCGUUACUAA